CUCUCUCUCCUAUCUCAGUGGAUUCGAAUUCGUUGAUUUGAUUUCGAAUUUUUUAUGAAGACUACUACUACUACUACUACUACUACAUCGACUGGAUCGAGAAGCUUUUGUUCUGUUUUUCUUUCUUCUUUCUUUUUCUUGCUUGAAGAGUUUGUUUUCUUUGAUCUGAUCUCUUCCUCUCGAGCAAGAAGAGACUCCAUGGCUGUUGCUAUCGAACGCUUCUCCAUCAGAGAGUAUGCUUCGAAGAUGAGGAGUGUUAAUGUGGAGAAGUCUUGGCCGUUUCAUGAUAAAGAAACGAUGAAGAAAGAAGAGUUGGCGGCAAAUCUUCCGUUGAUGAAAUGCCCGAAAUAUCGGUGGUGGAAGGAUGAGGUGGAGGCGAUGAGAUCUAAAUCUUCUAAUUUUCCUGCUAAUAAGUCUGAUGUUGAUGUUGUUGAUGAUGAUGAAAACGGUAAGAAGAUUCUAGAAGCAACUGGCGAGAGAAGCGGAUGUGUGUCUGAAAAGCUUCCGGUUGAGAAGAUUGAGGCGGUUUUGGUGACGGGUGAGGAGGAGAAGGUGGAGAUGAGUUGUCCGGUUUGUCGGAGUUUUACGGCGACAACUGUGAAUGCGGUGAACGCGCAUAUCGAUGAUUGUUUGGCUCAGACUACGUCGAAGGUGGAUCACCAGAGAUUACAGAUGAGGAAGUCUACAGAAACGCCGGCGGCUGUGACGACUAAGGUGAAGUCGAGGACAAGGAAGAGAAGAUCUAUUAUGGAGAUCUUCGCUGUUUCUCCGCAGAUCGAAGCUGUGAAGCUCGAUUGUGAGAAUCGACAUGUGGUGGUUCCUGAAGAGGAAGUUGAUUUGGAAGUCCUGAAGAAAGCAUCAUCUGAUGUAGUUGGAAUGAAGAAAAAGAGAGAAAAGAUAAACAAGAAUUGUUUGAGAGAUGAUCCGGGGAUGAUGACGUUGAAGGUGAAGAAUAAAUAUUUCAGUUUUUUUUUCAAAAAGAUGAACCGAUUCGGUUUGCUCUCCAAUGGUUUGAUUCAAAACGGUUUUCUCACUGGUUUAAGAUUGCAUCAUGGUAGAUUAAUCUGAGCCGUGAAUAUGAAAUUUUACACGUGUCGGCCGCCUAGGGGGCAUUCUACAGAAUUGUACGAGAUCUGAAUUUCAGACGAUUUCUUCCCUCCCCUUCCCUCUUGCCUCCAGAAUCUGGAUUAAAGCACAGUAGAGCUUGAAAACAUAGUUACAAGAGAUGAAGAUGUCUACCACCCUGUUCAUUCUAUUCUUCAUGAUGAUCUCCUCAAGCUAUUCUGUUAAUUUUUCAGCCACAAGAUCAGGUAUAAUGAACUUUGAAUUCUUGAUACCUUAGUUGUUCUUUUAUACAAAAUAUGUACAUGUUAUCUCUCUAAUUUUACCAUUUUUGUACUACAGGUUCUGAUGAAUUGACUCUUCACUUCAACCUUCCGGAGGUGAAAAUACCUAUCUUGUACAAAACGCUGUUAGAAAUUCUCUUUUUUAUAGUAGAACUUGCAUUUGAAACACCAAAAGAAUAUUUUCACCUCCUCUUUGACACCAGAAGUUACCUUACAUGGAUACAAUGCAAACCAUGUAAAGUUAGAUGCUUCAACCAAUCCCCUUUUUAAGGUAACUUCCGGUGUCAAAGAGGAGGUGAAAAUAUUCUUUUGGUGUUCCAAAUGCAAGUUCUACUAUAAAAAUAAGAAUUUCUAACAGCGUUUUGUACAAGAUAGGUAUCUUCACCUCCGGAAGGUUGAAGUGAAGAGUCAAUUCAUCAGAACCUGUAGUACAAAAAUGGUAAAAUUAGAGAGCUAACAUGUACAUAUUUUGUAUAAAAGAACAACUAAGGUAUCAAGAAUUCAAAGUUCAUUAUACCUGAUCUUGUAAUGAAAGGAAUGGCUCAGCUUGUAAUACAUUAGAACUAAGUGAAAUGAAAGCUUUAAUUGCUAUAAUUAUAACAGGCAAAUGAAGGUUGUGCGGAACGUAUGUGAGUAGUAAGUUUCAAGUAUUUGUUGAAAGAUGUUAUUUGUUUUCA